AUGAGCUUCAGUCAGGGCACCCUGAUGCGUCCAAGGGCCGCCUCGUUUGAUCAGCCACCCAGUUACAAGACCAUUGUUGCCAUUCAUCCCAUUGACGACAUGGACAACAUGGGAGACACAAGGCACGUUGCCAUUGGGUUUGAAACAUACGGUGGUACAGUCCAUGACUACCGUGGGGCAGUAUCCUUCGAUCGCUUCCCUGGCACUGCUGCCAGUCGAUUCAUGAUCCAAGGAGUGGCUGUCAAGAGAGACGAAGAUGGUACCAUCGUCAGUGGUGAAGUGGAGGGCCCAAUUGAGAUGAUGGAACUCCGUCUCACUUCCCACUUUCCGUGGACCGAAUAUCAAGACAAAGGCAAGUUGUUGCAGUUUGCUGUGGAGCAAGUUGCUGCCCUUAUCGACACCAACAUUGCUGAGCAACAAUUCAAGGAAGAAGAAGCGAGGCAGAUAGCGGCCGCUAACAAGCAUCUGUUCGGGAGUCCUCCCAUUAGCAGCAAGGAGCACGACGAUGGCAAUGAUUGCAGCUUGUAG